CUGCGGUUAGUUCUCAAAAGGCUAUGGUUACCGGCAGAAUUUUAGAUCAUUGUUUGAGUUCGCAACGAAGUAGCUGCUUUCUUACAGAAAAGAAAGGGCGUGCUAAGGUGUCAUCAUAUUUCACAAGAAGUGUUUUACGUGAGUCGUUUCCUUUCAAUUCAAUUAUUUCACGUGCGGUUUUUCAAUUCUAAUACAGAACUAAUGAUGCAUUUUAAAGACUUCCGACUUUAUAAAUGAUUGCUAAAAAAUGUUAAGAAAUCUUCCAAAAUCGGAAAAUAUGAUUUUUUUUUCCGAUGUUUUCUUUUUUCAGAAGAAUGUUCUAACUUCGAUUUUGGAAUUAAAUUUAUUCAGUGAGGGUUAAAAAAAUAGAUAUGGUAUAAAGACAGAUAUAUCCAAAGCUUUUGAGAUACAGAUUAUUAUAGAGCAUUUUCAUACUUUUUGAGCGUUGAAAAUAUUGCUGGAAUGACACGCUAAAAUUGAAUAAAACCCACAGUUGGUUAACUAAAUUACUUAUCCAUAUGAGACUUGCGGGAAAAAGAGUGACUAAUGCUGGAAUUGCAAGACAGCAUUAGUCAUUCAUAUUUUAAUGCUAUUGGACAUUUCAUAUUUUAAUGCUAUUGGACAUUUCAUAUUUUAAUGCUAUUGGACAUUUCAUAUUUUAAUGCUAUUGUAAAAACAAAAGAAUUAUUAAGACAAGUUAUCAAAAUUCUUCAAAAAUAAAAAAAAUUGAUGAAAUUUCAUGUAUCCAAUGCAUGCAGUUAAGCAACAGUCUAAAACGAAUACCACUGAAUCAUUCUCUAACUAAUUUGAAAGAAACAGAUGCUAUAUCGGAAGAAAAUUUUAAUAUUAAAGGUAAUUUAAACCCCCAUCACACUAAAAGGAAUAUCACUUGCGACUUUUGCGGAAAAGCUUUCAGUCAAGAAAAGUAUUUAAAAUCACAUUUUGAUACUUAUACACAAAAUAAACUUCAUGAUAAUGAUGGCUGCAAUAAAGCAUUCAGCGACACAAAUUCUGGGACGCCACAUUUACAAAGGCAUACUGAAGAAAAACUUUUCUAUUGUGUAAUCAAUCUACACUACAGCUAUAACUGAUAAGUUAACAUCACACUUAGGCCGUCAUACAAAAGAAAAGCGCCUUGUUUGUGAUAUGUGUGAUAAGGCAUUUAAGGACGGAAGUGAUUUAAAUAGACAUUUACUUAUUCACACACACAAAAAAAAAAACCUCGUUCUUGUGAAGUCUGUGGGAAAGCGCUUUGCUUGUGAUAUGUGUGAUACGGCAUUUAAGGACGGAAGUGAUUUAAAUAGACAUUUACUUAUUCACACGCAAAAAAAAGCCUCGUUCUUGUGAAGUCUGUGGGAAAGCGCUUUGCUUGUGAUAUGUGUGAUAAGGCAUUUAAGGACGAAAGUGAUUUAAAUAGACAUUUACUUAUUCACACACAAAAAAAAGCCUCGUUCUUGUGAAGUCUGUGGGAAAGCGUUUUGCUUGUGAUAUGUGUGAUAAGGCAUUUAAGGACGAAAGUGAUUGAAAUAGACAUUUACUUAUUCACACAAAAAAAAAAGCCUCGUUCUUGUGAAGUCUGUGGGAAAGCGCUUUGCUUGUGAUAUGUGUGAUAAGGCAUUUAAGGACGAAAGUGAUUUAAAUAGACAUUUACUUAUUCACGCAAAAGAAAAGCCUCGUUCUUGUGAAGUCUGUGGUAAAGAAUUUACCCAGCGAAGUAUAUUAUCACACUUACGUAUUCACACAAAAGAAAAACCCUUUGUCUGCGAAGUCUGCGGGAAAGCUUUUAACAGAAACACCAAUUUAAAACGCCAUGUACGCACUCAUGCAAAAGAAAGGCCUUAUGUUUGCGAAGUCUGUGGCAAACCAUACAACCACAUAAGUGAUUUAAAAAGCCACUUACGUGUUCACGCACAAGACAAACCUUAUCCUUGCGAUGCCUGCAAUAAAGCAUUCUACAACGGAAAAGAUUUAAGAAGGCAUUCACUCAUUCACACCAAUGAAAGACCUCAUCCAUGUGAAGUCUGCGACAAGGCCUUCAGGGACAGUAGUGCUUUAAAAAAACAUUUACGCAUCCAUACGAAUGAAAAGCCUUAUGCUUGCGAAGUAUGCUGUCAAACAUUUAGUAGAAACAGCAUUUUGAAACGUCAUUUAUGCACUCACACGAACGAAAAACCUUAUGUUUGCGAAGUCUGCGAAAAAGGGUUCCUGGACAAAGGGGAUUUAAAAAGACAUGAGUUUACUCAUACAAAAGAGAAACCUCACAAAUGUGAUAUUUGUGGCAAAUCUUAUGUGCGUAAAGUUAGUUUAAAUAGGCAUCUGUCAAUUCAUAAGGAAUAAGUAGGUGCCUGACAAAAAAUACAUACAAACAAAUAUGUGUGAAUCUCAGUUAAAAAUCAGUAUUUAUCCUUGCCAGGCAAAUACUGUUAGAAUAUGCCUAACAGUUUUACAAAACAUGACUGCUCAGUGACGUAGCAGACAUCGGAACAAAAUAUUGGUAUGUUUAAAUCAUUUUUCGAAAGGAAGUAUUAAGAUGGAGCGAAAAAAAAUAAGGCCCUCUGAUUAAAAACUGGGGGCGAAAAAUUAUAUUACGCAUCAAGCGUUUAUUAUCCUCGCUACGCCUCUUGAACAGUUAGUCAAAAAUUAAUUAUUUUCGAACUAUAGACAUUAUGAUAAAAACUAACGAUAAAUUAAUAAUAAAUAAUAUUUUUAAUGUUCCAUGAUGUUAGACUUCAUCAA